UGACGUCUAUCGCCCUUAAUAGUCAAUGCUCGAUUUACUGGUUAAUUUAAAAAAAAUAAUUAAAAUCAAAAGACAUAAUAAUAUUAGAUAAAUAAAACGAGAAGAUAUGUCGUGUACAACAAUAAAUAUAAUAAAACGUUCAAUAAGUACUACAUGUACUAAUUAUGGCAAACGGAAUUUUCGAAAGUUUUUAUUGCAUAAUAAAAGAGGCACGCGAAUAUUUAAGGAAAGUCAACGUUUACAACCAGAUCCAGAAAUACCCAUCGAUAAACGAGGUGUGAGAGAUGUAGGUUACAUUGAUGAACAUGGUCAAUUUGUAACAAUUCCUGAAAUGAUACCACAAUUAAUUGUACCUGAUUUAACCGAUUUUAAGUUAAAACCGUAUGUGUCAUACAAAACUGCAGAUGUAACACAAUCAGCAUUUACAAGUGAAGAUCUAUUCAAUGUAGUAUAUGCACCAAAAAUUAAAGAAGACUUUGAAAAGAACAAAUUAAAUGAAGAUGGCACAUCUAAAGAACCAUCAAAUGAAGAAUUAUUAGAUGCUGACACAGCUAAACUAUUGGCUAGAAAAACUGGUUCAGAUAUUUUUUAGUUAUAUUUGUUUUUUUAAAUCUUAGAUUGU